AAAGGGUUUUUAACAGUCCGCCAACCCGGCAUCCGGUCUUCUCUUCUCUUUUUUCUCCGGCACUUCCCGGCAAUCAAACUUGGUGUGUCUAAACGACACCCCAGGCUCACAGCUCUCCUCCAUCACACACUCGCCACAUUCUGUUUUCUAAAGCAUGCUAGAGCACUCUGAAGACCCAGACCGCACACUUAGCACCGCCAGGACGAUCAACCCAGGUUGCAAGUCGCCCUCCAAUGUCAAUCAACACUACGGAUUUCUGUCGCAACGUUCCAGUGCCAGAGGGACGCAAAGAUGGUGAGCCACUGUCCCAAACAUGGCAUCACGAGGUAAUAAUGAGCCAACGGUCACAUGAGACUGUCCCUUCCUCGUUGGUUACGCAGGGGGGUGCCGGGAUCGGCCCGCAUACUUCGCCCGAACACGCCAUGGCCGCGUCCGAGUCUUACAGGUGGAUUUGGAAAGACGAAGAGGGGAGAACGUGUGAUGUCUUUGGCAAAGUCGACAACACUGGCCUUGGUGAUGCUGAUGGUCUUGUCUUCAUUGGCAUAUCGGGCCAGAUCAUCUCCACCCGGGCAGGCUACGUCAGACAACUCCGCCAGCUGUCCAACUAUGCCACGUUCAUCAGCAAGUUCUGCACCUAUCUCUACCUCGGUAGAGAGUACUACCGUCCGCCUCUGGAGCCUGGGGAUUAUCAGGAGCUCAGCGAACGCUUCUCCCGUAAUUACGUGCCGAACCGAAUAAAUAAUAUAUUCUUCAUUACUGGUAUGGAUAUCCGAAUUGCCACCGUCAAAGAAGGGGAUGGACUCAGGAGCGUGUUGUACUCCGUCCUUAGCAGUACGGACAUCGCCGUCGAUCUCAGAGAGGCGUGUGAAGCUCCCGAGACAUACAUGACCCUGGCUCUUUACGGGAGAGAGCACCACCCAAUACUCAAUCCGACAGGAGACACUGGGUCCUUCUGGGGGGAUAUUUUAAAAUUGGGGGACCGUAAUCAAACUAUUUUCUGGGCCACAGUAUGCCAUAAAUACGACGACGACGAAGGCGAUGACGACGACAAAGAAGGCGGCGACGACGACAAACCCGUCAACAUCGACCAAGUCCGGUUUGCUCUCUUCAAAAGAGAUUUCGGCAUUCGUCGAAACCAUGGCCCGUUCAAGAGUGCCAUGUCGCUUUACGCAUCGGCAAUGCACCACAUCAACAGACACACGAGCCGCGCCUCCCCUGGCCGGGCCGCAGACUUCCUCAGGCGGCACCAGCACUCGCACUUCCCCUUCUACCCUCUCAAGCUUGGUGGUACCCAAGAGAGCCACGCGGUUUCGUACACAUUCAACUUUGAUCCGCAAGCAAACGCGCUUCUUCUCCACCCUCUAGUAGCAACGCCGCCCAGCCAGAACCAUCACCCAGGCACAGCCAUUGACGAGGAGAUGUCCGAUAACGAGGAGGAGGGACCCGAGAUAAUUGAAGCGCGGGUUCGCUAGUGCGGGAGGAGCAUUACCACCCUAGCCCAUGCAUACGCCAGGCAAGUUCCCCAGCUCAGGACGGCGGUCAGGGACUU